CAUCAACGUUGUCGAUUUCUGGAAUAUCUGAAACAAUUCUCUGUAGCUUGGUAGUAUCUGUGUAGAUUUAUAUCCUGCUCUGCACAGUUUAUAUCUAAAUGAGAUCAUCAGGAAAUCGCUGUUGAUAUGUUUUAUUUAGUUGACGGUAUUCUAAAGCUGUAAAGUUCCAUGAGGAUUAAUUACAUGGGACUUCCAAAUAGUUUUAUUGAGUCGAUUUUGACAGGUGGACUAGAUUCCUAAAAACACUGUCUUUCCAAACUCUUAGACCUGAAAUGACAUAAAAUUAACUCCUUAUUUGGGGAGUGACUUAGUAAAUAUGACCUUUUUUUCCCUUUCCUUUCCUUUUUCUUUUUUUCCUUAUCUUGCAGUACUGAAUUGGCCAUUGUAUUUGUCAUUCUCUGAAUUCUAGUGACUCAGUGACAUGGUUGUGGUUAGCUGGUAGUGUGGGGAAAGGAUGGUACACACAGCCCUCAAUAGCUUAAAAUGCUGAUAUUCCGUGCCACCUCCGUCUGCCACCCAGCCUAGGUGACCGUCCAGUUGGGUGGUGGAGGGUUUACUGUACUGUCAGCCAGUGUUUUAAUGAGAACAGGUCCGUCUAGGAUACCACCUUAGUCAAGAAGGAGGUGUUUGCCUGCAUAACCUCUUUCUCUGGGGUUGUGUUUUAGCAGGUGGGUUGGGAUGUUGGAAGAGGCUUGGGAAAGGCUGGCGGGGCCUUACCGUUUGAUGACAAAACGAAACACCUGUGAGAGCCGCCCUGUCCCCUCUCCCUUGCCGUAGAAAGGCAGACAGCGCUACCGGAGGUGGAGGGACAGAGUGAGAGUCCCUGUGGAGCGUAGAUUCUAAACCAGCUUCUCGUGUAACCGUGGGGGCGCCGAGGCCCGGGGAGGAGCGGGCACUGCCCGGGCGGGAUACAGUUAACGCCACAUGGACGGAGACGCAGCGUAGGGCUGUCCCCGGGGCCAGACCGAUUCCUGCCGACACCUGCCUUUUUCUUCUCUGUUCACUAGACACGUGUGUGUUGUCCGGUGAGGCCGCAGCCGGCCUAACGGGACGCUUGUUGUCGGGCACUUGCAGCAGACCGGCCACUGUCUGUACCCGCGUUACGUGCUGAUCCCUCUCUGCGGGCGUGUGUGAUUGUUGCGUGGCUGUGAUCAGCAUGUAACUCUGAUGUUUCGUUCUGCUUCUUUGCUCCUAACAUUAUUUUAGAAACGUUUUCCAUGUUUCUACAUAGUCUAUCUUUAUUCUUUUUAAUGGCUGCGUAGUGUUUCGGGUUGUCAUAGCAAGGUUAAUUUUACCUAGGUUGUGAGCAGUUAGAAAAUGUUUAUCUCCAAGGUUAUUCCCAGUGUAGAUUCUGUCUCCAUAUUUUCCAUUGCAACUUCGAAUACGUAUUUGUAUGUAUUUUAAAGCCAAAACAGAAUUCUCACGAGUGAUGCUCUAACCAGAUGCAGUACACACACGUACAUUUUCUUCUGUACUUUAUCUUGUUUUAAACCACUGCUGUGACUUCUGAAUUAAUUUCAGAGGUGGGACGGUCGGAUGGUAUAUAACCAAACGAGAAACCUGUUUUGUGUCUCCUCUGUGCCUGAACCCCGGUAGCUGGCCCUCCGAGCGCUCCAUCGUCAGGUCCCACGCUCUCUUGAGUUCUGUGUCCAGCUAUGCCCGUUCCAUACCCCUCCGCUCCCGUGAGCUAAACGAGCCAAACUGAAAAUCCAGAAAACAUUGCUAAAUUAGAAGGCCUUCUUUCAUGAUGGUAUCAUUUUUUUAAAAGACUAUGUAAAGCAUAGUUAUUCCUCACUGUUUGAUUUUAGUUAGCAGAUUGCAUUCUAAAAUCCUCCUUGAGGUAAGUAUAAUGAUUCCUGAGUCGAGAAUCGUCUUUAUUGUCUCUCCUCAUGGUCCGUCCCCUUUCCUGUACCCACCGUUCAAGGUUUCCUCAAACGUCCCUCCUUGGCAUAGCACCUUCUCAAGUUCCAGAAGGUGCUGUAUUUCCAUGGCACCCUCUCUAACACUUGUCUAGUGCGCAUUGAUUUGGUUUAAAGUAUUUCUUGUAUCCACCUAGACUGAGCAUGUUUAUACGUGUUGAGAAUUUUCGUAUAAUCUGCAUGAGUUCAUCUUAGUACAGAUAAACAUGUAGCCCUCCUGGCCCAGCAAGAGAAGCUGGAUAAAAUGAUUUGGAACCUCAGAAGAGAGAGAAUAUGCCGGAGGAGGCCGAAAAGUAAGACUUGGCCUGGGCCGAGGAGAACAAGUGUGAUUUGGGCAGAAGAGAUUGGAUGGUGGGUUUUCCAAAUCGAGAGGAGAACGAGGCGGACCCCUUCAGGCAGACCGCGCUGGGCUCCUGUGAGGCGUGGGAGCAACGCCCCGGGGCGCCACGGGGGGGCUCCUGAAAGGACACGGUUAGAGGUCGACCGGAGAGGUCUCUUGGAGCCAGAGGAUGGGAGACUUUGAAAGCCAGCCAAAGAAGUUCUAGAAUAGAAGAGACAAAAACAUGUUUCUCUGUUCUGUUACAUAUUGUCUGGCCACUGGUGGAAAAACAUCAGAGGAAAAAUUAUGCAUUUGGUCUAAGUCUGUAUUACGGUUGGUUUUAAAUUUUUUGAUUUGCAGUAUAUUAAAGGACCUUGACACCUCUGACACAAAAGGUGCUCCUAGCACGUCACAGGACUUGGCAAAACCCGAGAAGACGACAGCGUGGCGGCCCCAUCCAGAAACCAGCACGGACUAUGACGACAGGCCAGCGUACAGCAGCAGCUCAUUCACGUGAUGGAGCGCAUCUGUGCAUUGGUUGAUACCAUUCCCGACCACGAGCUGAUGGCCCUGGACUGCGGGCGGGAGCUAUGUCAGCAGCGGGACCUAAGGAGGAGGCUCCUGGCCGACGCCGGCGCCAGUACACGCGAUGCCCGUGUCCCCGGUUCGGCGUGGAGGUGCGGGCCGGGUGCGCUUGGGAGCCCUGCCGAGGACGUGGCCUCUGGGUGCUCCGCGGAUGCGUGUUCCAAGGGCGGCUCCUGCCCUGCAGGCAGUUGUGCUUCUGUCCAGGAGUCCCAUUUUCCACACCUGGCUUCCAGGGCCAGUGCUGCCAGGCCACGCGUACCGGCCACCACCCCCGGAAGGACAGGAUUCCCAGCCCCCACAGAGAGUCCCUUUGAAAGACCGUUAUUCAGUCCCCAUUUACAGAAGUCCUUUGUAAGUAGCAACUGGGCUGAAACACCAAGGACAGAAAAAAGAAAUGAAAGCUCUUACUUCCCGGGAAACGUUCUCACAAGCACGGCUGUGAAAGAUCAGAAUAAACACACUGCUUCGCUAGAUGACUCAGAAGGCGAAAUCCAGGCAGCCCGUGACACUGAUAAUUUUGACAUAGAUGACUUUGAUGAUGAUGAUGAUGACUGGGAAAAUAUCAUGCAUAAUUUAGCAGCCAGCAAAUCUUCCACAGCGGCCUGUCAGCCUGCUAAGGAAGGCCGGCCAGUCAGACCAGUAACAGAAAGAACCCCUUCAGCCAAGACAGACUGUCCUCCACUGGCAUCUGCUGCUCAAACUAAAAACUCAGAGUCAAUUCAGAAUUACACUGACAAGUCAGCGCAUGAUUUAGCAUCCAGAAAUCUGAAGCAUGAGCGUUUCCAAAGUCUUAGUUUUCCUCAUACAAAAGAAAUGAUGAAGAUUUUUCACAAAAAAUUUGGUCUGCAUAAUUUUAGAACUAAUCAGCUAGAGGCGAUCAAUGCUGCGCUGCUGGGUGAAGACUGUUUUAUCCUGAUGCCCACUGGAGGUGGUAAGAGUUUGUGUUACCAGCUGCCCGCCUGUGUAUCCCCUGGAGUCACCAUUGUCAUAUCCCCCCUGAGGUCACUUAUAGUUGAUCAGGUCCAAAAGCUGACCUCCUUGGAUAUUCCAGCUACUUAUCUGACAGGUGAUAAGACUGACUCGGAAGCUACAAGUAUUUACCUGCAAUUAUCUAAAAAAGACCCGAUUAUAAAACUUCUGUAUGUCACUCCAGAGAAGGUGUGCGCGAGUAAUAGACUGAUUUCCACGCUGGAGAAUCUGUACGAGAGGAAGCUCUUGGCGCGUUUUGUUAUUGAUGAAGCGCAUUGUGUCAGUCAGUGGGGACAUGAUUUUCGCCAAGACUAUAAAAGAAUGAACAUGCUUCGCCAGAAGUUCCCCUCCGUCCCAGUGAUGGCCCUCACCGCCACGGCGAACCCCCGGGUCCAGAAGGACAUCCUCACUCAGCUGAAGAUUCUCCAGCCUCAGGUGUUUAGCAUGAGCUUUAACAGACAUAACCUGAAAUACUACGUGUUACCGAAAAAACCCAAAAAGGUGGCAUUUGAUUGCUUAGAGUGGAUCAGAAAGCAUCACCCACAUGACUCGGGGAUAAUCUACUGCCUCUCCAGGCGAGAAUGCGACACGAUGGCUGACACGCUUCAGAAGGACGGUCUGGCUGCCCUCGCGUACCACGCCGGCCUCAGCGACUCCGCCAGGGAUGAAGUGCAGCACAAGUGGAUUAAUCAGGACGGCUGCCAGGUUAUCUGCGCGACAAUAGCGUUCGGAAUGGGCAUCGACAAGCCCGACGUGCGGUUCGUGAUCCACGCGUCUCUGCCUAAGUCUGUGGAGGGCUACUACCAGGAGUCGGGCAGGGCUGGCAGGGACGGGGAGACGUCCCACUGCCUGCUUUUCUAUACCUACCACGACGUGACCAGGCUCAAGAGGCUCAUCUUGAUGGAGAAAGAUGGAAACCGUCACACGAGAGAGACCCACUUCAACAAUCUGUACAGCAUGGUGCACUACUGUGAAAACAUAACAGAAUGCAGGAGAAUACAGCUCUUGGCUUACUUUGGUGAAAAUGGAUUUAAUCCUAAUUUUUGCAAGAAAUACCCAGAUGUUUCUUGUGAUAAUUGCUGUAAAACCAAGGAUUAUAAGACAAGAGAUGUGACUGAUGAUGUAAAAGAUAUUGUAAGAUUUGUUCAAGAACAUAGUUCAUCACAAGGAAUACGAAGUCACCCCCAUGCAGGUCCUUCUGGGAGAUUUACUAUGAAUAUGCUGGUCGACAUUUUCUUGGGAAGUAAGAGCGCGAAAGUUCAGUCGGGGAUAUUUGGAAAGGGAUCUGCUUAUUCACGACACAAUGCCGAGAGACUUUUCAAAAAGUUGAUACUUGACAAGAUUUUGGAUGAAGACUUAUAUAUCAAUGCCAAUGACCAACCAAUUGCCUAUAUGAUGCCAGGAAGCAAAGCCCAAGAUGUACUAAGUGGCCAUUUAAAGGUGGACUUCAUGGAAACGGAAAACUCCACCAGUGUGAAAAAACAGAAAGCGUUGGUGGCAAAGAUGUCUCAGAGGGAGGAGGUGGUUAGGAAAUGUCUUGGAGAACUGACAGAAGUCUGCAAGUCUCUGGGGAAGGUGUUUGGCGUCCAUUACUUUAAUAUCUUCAACACCGUCACUCUCAAGAAGCUGGCAGAAUCAUUAUCUUCCGAUCCUGAGGUUUUGCUUCAAAUUGAUGGUGUUACUGAAGACAAACUGGAAAAAUAUGGUGCAGAAAUGAUUCCAAUAUUGCAGAAAUACUCGGAGUGGACGUUGCCAGCUGACGACAGUGCCCCCCGGGUGAGCCCGGGCAGCAGCAGAAGCAGCAGGAGAAACGGCCCUCCGGAGUCUGAUGACGAAAUGCCCGUAUCUUCUCACUACUUUGCGAAUAAAGCCAGAAACGAAAGAAAGAGGAAAAGGAUGCCGGCCUCCCAGAGGUCUAAGCGGAGGAAGACCGGUUUCAGUGGCUCCAAGACAAAAGGGGGGUCCACUACCUGCAGAAGGCUGUCCGCUAAAAGUAAACCCUCCGCCGUCUUCGGGCCCCGUUCGCCCCUGCCUGGUCCACAGGCAGCAUCAGGCACCGGUAGAAAAUUGGGGAUUAUGGCUCCACCCAAGCCUAUAAAUAGACCAUUUCUUAAGCCUUCAUAUGCAUUUUCAUAACAACCACAUCUCCGUGUACAUAGAUCUUCUUUCUCAUUUGUCAGCGCCUCACCAUCUGUGAGCAUAAAGCUGCUGGUUUUGUUGUGCCGUUUGUAAUUUUUACCCAUAACUAUUAAUAUUUAAAUAAAUGCUUGGGGUGACAGUUCUUAUUUUUAAAAUAAACGUUUUCUUUUGAAUAAGCAUGAUUUGCUGCUACUGCAAGCCUUGUGGCCGUUGUUUCUCAGAACGUCUGAAGCAGCAGCUGAAUCAUCUCAGGAAGAGAAAUUCUGAGCACGACGUGGAACACCGGGCCGCAGGGAGAGACAGGCAUGGGCCACUGUGAAGCUGUGAAACUCUGCAGAAGGCGACAUAAACAAAACUGAAAGACAAAUGACAGAGAAAGUAGGAAAAGAUAUGUGACAAAGAAUGUCCAUAAUAUGGAGCAGCUAUAGAUCAUUAAGGAAAAAAAAAAGUUGGUAGAAAAAAAUGAACAAAG